UGAUUAAAGUCUUACGACAAAAGUCUUAGGCCAAAGUCUCAGACGAUUGCGCCAAAAGCUCUGUAGGCUACUAUACCCUGCAAACAAACACAGACAUGAAUUUAAUUCAGCCCUUGAGCACCUACUUUAUUGACGUGUACAGCUUUCUUGAGAUGCUGCUGUUUGCCAACACUGAUCUGACGGGCUAAAAAAAAAAUUCUCAAAAGUCCUCUCCUUACUUCUCUCCAAAUGUUAUGUGUUAUACAUAGAUUUGGGGGUUAUAUUAUCUCUACCACACUUUUAUAAUAAUGAGUAUCCUAUGGCGACAGAUGUUGCGACGUCAUCCUUGGCAGAAGCACUAUAGGCUUGGUUCAAACCAUUCCGACACCCCGUUUUACGCUGUGCGUAACUGUAACUUUUGUAAUUCGGACAUGGUCCUUUGAUCCGAUGGUAGACGACACUGGAAGAGUUUUGUCGUGCCAGCACGUUGCCAUUUUUCUCUUUGGAAAUACAUCUUUAAGUAUAUAUAUAUCCUGCUGUUUAAAGCUUUUGUAAUUCUGUGAUCUACUCUCUUAAGAAUUACGGAGACCCAAGCCAUCUUUCCCUGUAAUUCGGAAUUUAAGUUUGACUGACUGCCGUAGGCUACCGAUUGAAUUUCACCAUUUGCGUGAAGUACUAUACCUCAAGGAUUCGCCAAAAUUGAUUUAUUUUUGCCCAAUACCUGUGAGAAGAUUAGCUCUUUGAAGAGGAUGAAGUUGCAGUUCCCUUAAUGAGCCUAAUGAGGUUGUGUUUUCCAUUCGCUUCUCCUACCAUCUGAGAUAUUUAGGAAAUGGCUGGGACACCAUAUAGAAUCAAUUACUUUAUCAACAUAAGACAUCUCCGCGCAAAAUGCGUGUGCCCACUUUUUCUAUGUGUGACUGUGGUGCUCUUCAUCUUACACCAGUAUACAAUUUCCAGUGGGUAUUUCACUGCAAUGAAGAAGUGUACUUUGCCCCCUGGUGAGACCCUACUACCACAGGAUCAUAUUGAUAAUUCACUAGAUCUCUGGUCAAGAUGGGACGUUCAAACAUGCACAUCAUGGAGAGCUCCAAUAAUGUGGAAUGAGAUGUUUGAAAAAGCAAUCUACGAUCAAUACCAUGUAGAAAAGGACACAUCUGUAGCCCUAACAGUGUUUGCCGUCGGAAGGUAUUUGGAGGUCUACUUGAAAGAGUUUUUAACAUCAGCAGAAAGGCAUUUCAUGGUGGGCUUGCCUGUGGACUACUACAUCUUCACUGAUGCCCCGCAUAAUGUUCCCACUGUCCAGCUGGCACCAGGACGGACACUGCGAGCGAUCCCGGUAAAGAGGUACGAGCGCUGGCAGGACAUCUCCAUGAUGCGCAUGAAGGCCAUCACAGAGGCCAUCGACAACCUCAUCAGCACGCGCAACCAGUAUGUGUUCUGCAUGGACGUCGACCAGGUCUUUGUUGGGCCAUUUGGUUCUGAGGCCCUCGGGGAUUCAGUGGCCUUACUGCAUGCAUAUUUCUACAAGAGCUCAGUAACAGAGUAUACGUAUGACCGAAACCCUAAAUCAGUGGCUUACAUGAAUGACGGGGACUACUAUUACCACGCUGCUGUCUUUGGUGGCACCUGGCAAAACGUGAGGAACAUCACGGAAAGUUGCCAUCGGGGGAUUAAGACGGAUAAGGUAAAUGACGUUGAGGCCCUUUGGCAUGACGAGAGUCACUUGAACAAGUACUUUUGGCUUCACAAGCCCAGCAAAGUGCUUUCGCCAGAAUACUUAUGGGCUUCGGAGAUUGGCUUCAGUUAUGAAAUCCAUGUCCGUAGAAUGAUCUGGGCUGAAAAGCACUACGGGGUCCUCAGGGAUUAGAAAUGGACUUGGUGUUCAGAUGUUUAGACUUUUAGUGUUUAGAGGUCAUCAGUUGUAUGUUUUUUUGAUGGGAACAGAACCAUGAAGAUUGGCUAAUGCAAGAGUUGGCAACUCUGCAAAAAGGCUUUGAGACGUCUUAAUGUAUGACAAUUAUUUUGUUAAUGUGUGAGUUCUUAAGUGGCCAGUGGUCGAGUGGUCUGUAAACCACUAUGGAGAGAUAAGUAAGCUUUUCGAGGGAAAGUGCCAGUUUUAUUUUGCUUUGCCAUCCGACAAGCUUGAACAAACCAUUUCAUAAUGUGGCUCUGCACAAAACGCCACUAAAACAGAAAAGCUUUAGCAACUUUAGAAACAUGCUUUGCACUGCAGUGCCAUCACAUAGUCUACCAUGUCAGGAAAUGGCACCUAUCAAAUCAGGGGACUGCUAAUCUAAUCUUUCUGUACUAGAGGGAAUUUCCACUGUUUUAUUUAUAAGAUUGUGAAACAACAUUGGAAGGCAAUGAAACACAAUGCAUUCUUAAGCAUUUAGAUCCCCCUGAUUUUAGUUGAUAAUUUGUAUAUUUGCUUUCUGUUCGAGGUGUUUCUGUUCUUUGAUGUGUAUAUAGAUGCUUAGUUGAGUGUGUUGCUUGUGUUUUUCUAUUAGAUUUUUUUUUUUGAUCUAAUUGUUUUGUUUCUGUUUUCUAUUUGUAUUGAUAUUUUAUUGUGAUUUAAUUGUACAGCACUUUGGUCAGUGUGAGUUUCUUUUAAAUGUGCCCGAUAAAUACAUUUGACUUGACUUGAUGUUGAACUGGCUUGUGUUGCAUGAGAACACUUGAUGGGAGGUUCUCAACCAAACCAAGUAGGCUGAUAGCAAUAAGCUUCCAGCACAUAAAUAGAGUCUUUAUAGUAAUCUUCACCCAUUUCACAGAAUCACACUCUUAACCACUGUUGUUCCAUGUGAUAAUCCAGAGAAAAGUGGUUGAUAUUGUCACUAACGCACUGAGGACCAUUCAUCAAGAGGUGGAGUCAAGGGAGACGGGAGAACACAGUAAAAACCAUAUGGCAGGGUUGGGAAAUAAACAUUGCACAUUUGAUUUUAAUACCGUUAUUAUUGCUGUUCAAGAACUAAGCUCAGGAAUUGUAUUGCAGCCUUGCUCGUUACAGAACAAAUGUAAAAUCACCUGCUUUCAUUUACAUUAUUUACAAUAACUAUUAUGUAGAAGAGUACAAAGGUUCUCAAAUUUUUUCACUGAUUUUUAUCAACUGAUAGAAGAAUGUACACUUGAAAGACAAUAGCAUUUUAUUAAAAUACUUUACACAAAAUA